ACCAAUAAGUGCAGCGCAAUGCACGCAGUAGCGCAAAUCAAUAACAAGUCGUACUCGAAGCAGCCAGCGAGAAAGUUCGCGGCGCGGAAAGGUCUUCCGCGUCGUCGACGCGCGCGCGCGCGCGUAAAUAAACACGGAGGACGGAAAUUACGAGAGGCAGUUUGCCACUUCCUCGCCGCGUGACGGCUAAACGCGAAGUCGCACGGGUCAAUCGCCGCACGCCCGCGUACAUCAGCAAUUGACCUCAACUAAAUAAACGACUGCAAGUCUUUUGUGCGCGAUGUGUAUCACGUCGGCCACAAAGUAACAAGUCAGUGUACGAUUGAGAUGACGAUGGGAAGCAUGCUUUUUGUUGUUGUGGCUGCGCUCGCCGCGAUCCUCGUUCCUGGCCAUGCCAGAACUAUUCGGAGCUCGGACACGGCAACGCUGUACUACCUACGCGACCACAAGCUGUACCGCCUGGAGCCGGGGUCCGCCGACGAGCAGCUGCUCGAGCACGACGUCGCGGACUUCGAGCUGGACGCCGACGGGCAGCCGCUGUGGAUGGACCGCGCGGCGCGCAUCCACCGGCUGCGCGGCGAGCUAGUGCUACGCUACGAGCCCAGCGUGUGCACCGCCAGGUUCGCCUGGGACCACCUGACCGACAAGUUCUACGUGGUCGACGGCGACUCCCAGGAGAUCGACGUGCUGCAGCCGGGCGACAAGCGAGCCGUGCUGUUCGAGCGCUCGCCGAUUAGGGAGGAGCACGUGAUUCGGGAGAAGCCCAAGAUGCUCGCCUUGGACCCCGGCAACGGCCUCAUGUUCAUCCUCACCGACCUCAGCGGUAUCAAAAACGUCUACCGCUCCGACAUGGACGGCACCGGCAAGCGCCUUCUCGUGGAGGACGUGUCGAGCGAGCAGCUCAGCGUGGACGCGCCGCGUCGCAAGGUCUACUGGCUGAACAGCAGGCGGCGGAUCGUCGAGAGCGUGGACUUCGAGGGCGUGGAGCGGCGGCCCAUCGACGGCCUCGAGGGCGUCACCAACGAGACCGCGAUCGCCGUGCUCGACGCCGAGAUACACUGGUCCGCCGGUGCAGGUCUGAUCAACGUCUGCCGGCUGCGCGACAACUCCUGCGACAGCGGCACGCUGCGCCGGCUCAAGCUGCCGCCGUCGAUUCACCCGAUCAAGAAACUCAAGCUGCCGGGCGUCCGGACGCCCGGGAGCGGCGCCGCCUGUCGGCCCCCGAGCAACGGCCAGUGCCAGCACAUGUGCCUGCUCAACUCGCGCGGCGACAGCGGCUGCGUCUGCUACGUGGGCUGGGAGCCCAACGGCAGGGAGUGCAAGCCUCGGAGACCCAGGCGUCAGGCUUGGGACUUGUACAUGACGCCGCAGCCGACUUUGAGACCCGAGCCGCAGCCGUCGGACGUCGCUGGCGGACUGCCGGCUCACAUUCUAAUUAUCGGCAAGUGAUACGUGCACAUCACUCCGAUCACACGCUUUGCUCUUAUUGUGCGCGGCGCUUCCAACUCACUUGUCCUUUUCUUUUGUAUAUUAGGCUAAUUUUUUUAAUUAAAAUAAAGACAUG